CGCCCUAAAUCUAGUAUUUCCUUGGUCUUUCGCCCGCUUUCGAGAACCUCCUUGUUCUCUGGCAAGCCGAAGCAAAAAAGAUCAAAUAGUCGAAUUCUCAAAUUUCUUAGCGCGAGGGAGAACGAGAGGGCGAGCAGCCGGAAAAGCCGCAGAAAACAAAGUUUUCUUUUUUAUCCUUAUCUUCUGCAACUUCGAUUUGAUAUGGAAAGCGGCAAAGCACUCACAGACAUCCAGUCAGCGGCAGAUGCGGUCUCCGCCGAGGAAGCCUCAGAGUCGCCGCUUCACGAGAUUGAGAGCCUCUGCAUGCGAUGCGAGCAGAAUGGCAUAACCAGAAUUCUCCUGACUAGGAUUCCUCAUUUCAGAGAGUUAGUGCUAAUGGCAUUUGAGUGUCCACAUUGCUACGAAAGUAACAAUGAGGUCCAGUUUGCCGGCCAGCUUCAACCACGUGGGUGCUACUACCAAUUGAAAGUUCCUUCUGGUGAUCAACAGAUGCUUAACCGCCAGGUUGUGAAAUCCGAUUCUGCUACCAUUAAGAUUCCAGAGUUAGAUUUUGAGAUUCCACCAGAAGCUCAGCGUGGCACCCUUUCCACGGUGGAAGGAAUACUUAAGCGGGCUGCCGAUGAAUUAGAGGGCCUUCAAGAAGAACGCAGGAAAGUGGAUCCAGGAACCGCUGAAGCCAUAGAUAAAUUCUUGAUAAAUUUAAGGUCUUUUGCUGAAGGAAGUGCUUCCUUUUCCUUCAUUCUUGAUGAUCCAGCUGGAAAUAGCUUCAUUGAGAACCCGUAUGCUCCAAUGCAAGAUCCUUCAUUAUCUAUCAAGUUUUAUGAGAGGACACCGGAGCAACAAGCAACACUAGGUUUUCUUGCUGAGAUGUCCGAGGAAAUUGAGAGGAAGUGUGAGAGUAAUUCUCCAACUGAUGAAAAAAGGAUUUCAGGGAUUGGAGUACAAGAGUUUUCCCAUGGUUCAGUUGGAGCUAUUGCUAAUCGCCAUGCAAUCGCUCAGGUUAAUAGCGAUCAAGAUGCUGAAGCCUUAUACAGAUACUCGGCACCAGAAGAGGUUGAAACUUUGCCGUCAACUUGUGGAGCAUGUGGAGCUCCAUGUGUUAUCCACUUCUAUGCAACCAAAAUUCCAUAUUUUCGGGAAGUAAUUGUCAUGGCAAGUUGUUGUGAUUUAUGUGGUUAUCGCAGCUCUGAGUUGAAGCCGGGUGGUGAAAUUUCGAAAAAAGGAAAGAGGAUAAUAGUACGUGUGCAAACUUUAAAAGACCUCAGCAGAGAUGUGAUAAAGUCUGAUACUGCAUGUGUGAAAGUACCGGAGCUAGAGUUGGAGCUUGCAAGUGGCACAUUAGGUGGACUUGUUACCACUGUUGAAGGUUUAGUUACUAAAACUAUUGAAAAUCUUGAGAGAGUGCAUGGAUUUAUGUUUGGGGAUAGCCUUGAUGAAACGAAAAAGAAAAAAUGGCAGGAGUUCAAUCAUAAACUAAAGAAGCUUUUAGAUUUGGAGGAGCCAUGGACUCUUAUACUGGAUGAUGCACUGGCUAGUUCCUUCGUUGCACCAGUGACAGAUGCUAUAGAGGAGGACAAACAACUUCAUGUUGAAGAGUAUGAGAGGACCUGGGAACAAAAUGAGGAGCUGGGCCUGAAUGAUAUGGACACAUCUUCUGCUGACAAUGCUUAUAACUCAACUUCCACUGGUGCCAUCUUUCAGGAAGUAGCUUUAUAAUGCUUAUAUUCUCAAAUAACUUAUAUUCACAUAUGCUUUGAUCUCAUGUAAGCAUGCCAAAUUAGAAUAUCAAAGAUGGCUCGAAAGUCUUGCUUCAGACACUCGUAUUGAUAUGUUUAAGUUGCAAAGGAUGUAUAAUUAUGUAGUGAAGCCCUUAGCUGGAAUAUAAGUAGCCAUCUUGCGGUCAUUUAAACGCGACCUUACUGAAUAUUUAAAAGAGAUUUUGUUUUUUCUUCUCUUUA